UUUUGUAGAAUAGGCCCUGCCCAUCCCUGGGCUGGUUUGUUCUACGGAUACAGUGAGAGUGGUGUGGACAUCAGAACAAGACGUGCUAUGCUGAACAGAGAUGAUUUUGUGUUGUUUUCUUGCUGAAGGAUGUGUUUGAGUAUGGAUCAUAACGAGUUGGCCGUCCGAUCAUAAGGAUUGUACAUUUGGGGAUCGUGUUUGGUUGUUUUUACAAUGGGAGACGGAGGACAAAGGCGCAGAUGGGAGUACUGCUGGGUUGUUCUGAAUUUCUCUUUGCUGCUCUGCUUGGGGGAGAAGGUUUCAGCACAGAUAAGGUACUCUAUUCCAGAGGAGGUGAAAGAGGGAUCCGUUGUUGGAAAUGUUGCUAAGGAUUUGGGUCUUGACGUCAGUACUCUGGUGGAGAGACGGUUUCGUAUUGUUUCUGGAUCUAAGGACGCUCUUUUCCACGUAAAUCAGAACAAUGGCGUCUUGUAUGUUCAUAAAAAUAUCGACAGAGAGGUGCUCUGUGAUGGCAAUAAUGCUUGCUUGAUAAACCUCAAAUUCGUAGUUGAAAAUCCGCUUGAAAUACACUACGUCAGCGUAGAAAUAACGGAUAUAAAUGACCACUCUCCUGUUUUCCCUGAAAAAGAUCAGCAUCUAGAAAUGCCGGAAAAUACAUUUCCAGGUGCGCGAUUCGAACUCCAGACUGCGCGAGACGUAGACGUUGGACUCAAUUCUAUUCAUUCGUAUAAGUUAGGUCAAAAUGCACAUUUUGAAUUACAGUUAAUUGAUAGUGGGGAAGGUGACAAAAUACCAUUUUUUAUUUUGCAGAAGCCAUUAGAUAGAGAGCAAAACACCAAACAUAUGCUAUUACUUGCAGCGCUAGACGGAGGGAAUCCACCUAAGUCAGGCACCUUGAAUAUCACUGUUACAGUUCUUGAUGUAAAUGACAACCGUCCCAUCUGCACUCAAGACGAAUAUUCAGUAACAUUGCCUGAAAACGCUCUAAUUGGAACUAUUGUCAUCAGAGUAAACGCCACAGAUGCUGACGAUGGCCAAAAUGGAGUAGUGGAAUACACACUAGGCAGAACUAUAAAGCGUAAAAUACAUGAAAUCUUUGAAUUAGAUCACGUAACUGGUGAAAUUCAAGUCAAAGGCCAGGUGGAUUUUGAAGAAAACGAGGUUUACAGGUUAAAUGUACAGGCGUCUGAUAAGGGACAACCUCCAACAAGUGUUGAUUGUAGAGUUAUUAUUAAAAUAGGAGAUGCUAAUGAUAACCAACCAGACAUUGAUGUGACUUCCCUCUCGAACACGGUGUCUGAAGAUUCUAAACCAGGAACUGUUAUUUCUCUCAUCAGUGUAACAGAUAAAGAUUCCGGUAUUAAUGGUAAAGUUAUUGGUAGUAUAUCUGAAGACAUACCAUUUGAAUUAAAACCUUCAUUUCAGGAGAAUGUGUAUUCUAUCGUCACAAAGGGGCGCUUAGAUCGAGAACUCGUGUCCCAUUAUGACAUCACAAUAACAGCCACUGACUGUGGUCAGCCUCCUCUGUCCACAUUCAAAACUCUGAGCGUACAGAUAUCAGAUGUGAACGAUAACAGCCCAGAAUUCUCCCCAAAACAUAUUGAGCUGUACUUAGCGGAAAAUAACGUCCCUGGUGCGUCCAUAUUCUAUGUAAGCGCUUCUGAUAAAGACUUGAAUGAAAAUGCUGCGAUUUCAUAUCACAUAGUUAGAGAAGGGACACAGAUUGAUAUGGCAUCUUUUCUGAAUAUCAAUUCUGACAAUGGAGAUAUUUCCGCGCUAAAAAGCUUUGACUUCGAAAUCCUCAAAACGUUCCAAUUCCAAGUUGUAGCUACAGACUCUGGAACUCCGUUACUAAGCCUACCUUAG